UGUGCUAGGAACAUUAUAUUGAAAAUGGUGGCAUUACGAGUUGAUCAACUGAAUCAAUUGAAGGAUAUUUUUGCAAGGUUUGACAUGGAUUCGGAUGGCAGCCUGACGAUUCUAGAGCUCGCGGCACUGCUAAGAUCGUUAGGACUCAAGCCAUCCGGUGAUCAAAUCCAUGUCCUGUUAGCCAAUAUGGACUCUAAUGGCAAUGGUGCGGUGGAGUUUGAUGAACUAGUCAAUGCCUUAUUGCCUCACAUGAAUGAAGAGAUAUUGGUAAACCAAGAGCAACUCAUGGAGGUUUUUCAUUUGUUUGAUCGUGAUGGCAAUGGCUACAUCACUGCGGCGGAGCUAGCUGGCUGCAUGGCCAAAAUGGGACAUCCAUUGACGUAUAGAGAGCUAACUGAGAUGAUCAAAGAGGCUGAUGCCGAUGGGGAUGGUGUCAUUAGCUUCAAUGAGUUUUCUUCUGUAAUGGCAAAGUCAGCCCUGGAAUUUCUAGGCAUUAGUUUGUCAUCAUAACCAAUAUUUGAGUUUAUGUUAGGUCAUUAUUUAUUCACUCUCUUCUUUUUUAUUUAAACAUUAUCUGGGGAUGAUUUACUGAUGGUGAAUUCUCAAAAAGACUCUGAAAUAUUGUCAUUCUGUAUCUAACUUUGUCUUCAAGUUCUUUUAUCUACAUAUUGGAAGAAGAAACUGCUAUCAGCCAUUGUCUAUAUAUUGAUUCCAUUGGUGGGUUUUCUGUUGGAUCUAUCUAAUCUGGCUGAUAUUGCAUUCAACUGUUGAUAUUUUAGGACUUUCUAUACUUCCAGAUUAAGUUUAU